UUCUUCAGGUUUUAACACUAUUAACAUUAGAAAUCAUUGCUUUGGGUUCAAUGUGUGUUUGAAACAGAUCUUUCAGAAAUGUAGGGCUAAGCUUCGUGACUGCAGCAGCGUCAGGGAUGUCGAGGGACGAGGACACUCGAGCAUUUUUUUCCCAAUUAUUGAGGAAUACCGGGAGACCACGAGACUCUUAUGCCAUGGUGACGUCAGCAGCUUUGAUCCGUCACCGACCGAUUUCCCUCUUCAUCACCGUCGGUGUCGCUAUAUGACACCCACAUGACAUCAUAGCGUAGAUGAGGAGGAUACAGUCAGAACUGGAAGAAAACCGACUACAUCCUGCAGAGUUUUGACACGAUUUGCUUAAGAUUCCUGUCCUGCUUCAUGUCACUCAUUUUAUUUUUUUUGUCAUAUUCACCAUUUAAAAUGCAAUUCAGUGCUAGUUUUAGAUUAGCUUUAGGCAUGCAAAGAUCCCACAAAACUGAUUGCUGCUUAUCUGAUGCUGACAUCUUGGUGCUUGAUACUGAUUUUAUACUGACAUCUUUACAGUAGACGAGCUGACUUUCUGCAUGCUUUUGUUGACGAGCUGUGCAAAACAUAAGAGGGGUGAUGACAGCAGGCUUUAGGACAGUUUGUGCCCGGAGUUUUUUGUGUUAGAUGUGUGUCAGUCAGCACCUCACACAUGCAGCUUAAAUUAUGUCAGUGGAUCAGUGAAUAUGUCAAAUCCAAUCUGCCACCAGUCCAGUAUUUCAUGCUAGGAUCAGGCUUGGUAUUGGAUCGAUGAGUUCCUAAUUAGUCUUAACUCAGACACAUUUUGACACCAUGGAUUAACAUUUAAUAAGGUUAUGUUCCGAUUUUAGGUAACCUGUCCUAACAAGUUCUCGAAUUUGACCUUUACCUGUGACUUUAAAGCUGCACUGAUCAGAAUAAAAAUACAAAAUGACUAUAAUUGUUGUUCAAGGUACAUGUAAUCAUUUAAGUGACUAAUUUCAUAAUCUACAUUCAUUGCUCUGUUUAACCCAAACCAUGUCCAAGUUGUGAUCUUCUAAAAUAAUUUUUAAAAAAUGCUUUCUUAUUUAUUUCUUAUUUAAUUGUGGUGGUGGGAAUCCUGUGAUGCAUAAUGCUUAAUAUAUUGCUUUUUUUUUGACAGUCAUUUAUAUUCAGUAUGGCAUUAGUUUGGUUUAAGGCUAACCUAUCCUUCUCAUCGCUUCCCAGCAGGAAAGGCUGGUUCCCGGAGGACAUUAUCACUCUAAGCCAUGGGAAAGGAUUACUACAAGAUCCUGGGCAUUCAGUCUGGUGCCAGUGAGGAUGAGAUCAAAAAGGCCUACAGGAGGAUGGCCCUUAAGUUCCACCCAGAUAAAAACAAGGAUCCUAAUGCAGAAGAAAAAUUCAAAGAAAUAGCAGAGGCAUAUGAAGUCCUGAGUGACCCAAAGAAGAAGGCUAUUUAUGACCAGUAUGGAGAGGAUGGACUCAAAAGUGGAGGAACUGGCUCAUCUAGUGGACCAGGCACUACGUAUCACUACACCUUCCACGGAGAUCCACAUGCCACAUUUGCAUCUUUCUUUGGCGGCUCUAACCCCUUUGAUAUUUUCUUUGGCUCUGGACGUCAUUGGAACACCAGCAAUGGUGCUGGAGACCAUGAUAUGGACAUUGACAUGGAUGGAGAAGAUGACCCAUUCAGUUCCUUCAGCCACUUUGGCUUCAAUGGUCUCAAUGGGUUCCAUCGUGGGGUAGGUCGAAGACCUCGUAAUGAAUCUUUGCACAGCAGCAGCAACACCAGGAGGAAGGUGCAGGAUCCUCCUGUGGUACACGAGCUGCGGGUAUCUCUGGAGGAAAUCUUCCAUGGAUGUACUAAACGCAUGCGCAUUACUCGUCGCCGCCUCAACCCAGAUGGAAGAACAACGCGGACAGAAGACAAGAUCCUUAAUAUUGUCAUCAAGAGAGGCUGGAAAGAAGGGACCAAGAUCACCUUCCCUAAGGAGGGCGAUGAGACACCUGAGAACAUUCCUGCUGAUAUUGUGUUUGUGCUCAAAGACAAGGGGCACCCACACUUCAAGAGGGAUGGCUCUAACAUCAUAUACAGUGCCAAAGUCAGUCUUAAGGAGGCCCUGUGUGGUUGCACGGUCAACAUUCCUACCCUUGACAACAAGGUUAUUACGCUGCCCUGCAACGACAUCAUUAAACCAGGAAUCAUAAAAAGACUGCGGGGCGAGGGUUUGCCUUUACCUAAGAGUCCAUCCCAGCGCGGGGACAUGAUAGUGGAAUUCCAGGUGCGCUUUCCGGACAGGAUACCUCCUCAGUCCAAAGAAAUCAUCAAACAGCACUUACCCCAGUCUUAAAGCCAUUUUAUUGGAUUUAUCAUCAUUUCUAUUUUAAGAUAAACAUUACCUUUCACAAACAUUAAAUACGAUCCAGAGGAAUGGAAAAUGUGCAAAAAAAAAAAAGGACCGGAAGUCAACUUCAUAUUUUGUUACCCUUUUUAUCAUAUUUUGCCCUUUUGAGAGCAGGUGGAAAAAAUAACUUUCUUGGAGAAAAAAAAGAAGAUUUUGUAAGCAGUUUGUUACCUUGAAGACUAUGACCUUUUAUCCAUGACCUUUUUCAUAUUCUACUCUAUUUUUUUCACUCAUUACUUUGAGGCAAAAAGGAAAGAAUAAAUUCCUACUAUAUUUAAAGAAAGCUUAAUGUGGAUGUUGGAUGCUAUGCUUGUUUUGCAGACAGUACUGCUUAUUUGUUUUACCUCUCACUUCUUGUCCCUUCUUUAGUCUAGUUUAAAUCAAAAUUUUUGGAUAAAGCGGAAUUUAAGAUAACCCUUUAGGUCCUUUAGAGUGAUGGGCUGAUCUUAGCACCAGCAAGUUCGAUAGAAACCAUUUGAUACAUUUUUACUCUCAGAACCAACCCAGCAGUCUAAAGGUGCUUUCUUCUCUGUGACCAGAUUAUUAGGUGCUGUCACUCAUUGCAAGUCUUUAAUGGUGUGAUCCCAGAAUCUUGAGUGCCUUAAUACUGCUCCAAUUAUCUAGAUUUCAAAGUCAGGUGAUGUAAUGAAAAGACCAGUGUUUUCACCUCAACCAAGUCCUAUUAUGGUACUGUAUACUCUACUGAAUAAGAAAUUAUUAUUAUUAUUAUGUCAUUGCAAGAUUAGCCUGAUCGGGCAGUGCUUUAGAGCCCUGUUUUUAUUUGCUCAUGUGUUGAUUUCAUGUACUAUGAUUGGGAAAUUUCGACCUUGAUAUUCUGUUGAUUGUGUUACACUAUUUACAGAUUAUUUCAGGAUUCUCUUAUACGCAUUUUGAAAGGCUUUAUUACUAUAACUCAUACCACACUUUUCUUUAAAAUAUAUCCCUGACAGACUUUACUAGACAAUCAUAAGUCUUUCGUGGUAGGAUAAAGAAAGAUUUGAAAGUGAACAUUAAGCAGUGUACAAAGUGAACACGUAGUGGAAAUGAACUUGUUAAGGAUUCAUUGUAGCUGUAUAUAAAAGCUUCCCUGAAACUCACAAGAGCACUUUCAGAAAACUGUGAAGUCAGAAGAUGAUGUUUAAGGUUAAGGUAGGCUGUAAACAUGUAUCACACACUGUAUGUAUACUGUUCAGUGCACACAACUGUGGUUAAAAAGACAAAGUAUUCGUUGCAAUUAAGUAUAUGCACAUGAUAACGUGGAUGGAGAUAUUUUGAAGUUUUAGUAUGACUGUUGACGCGUUACUGUUUUAGAUGUGCACACUUUAUAGCUACAGUUUUCUCUUGGUACAACAAAGAUUUCUAUACAUUUGUAUCCCUCGAAAGGAAUUUAUGAUGUAUUGCCUUUUUGCAAUAUAGCCAACAUUUCAGUGAGAGGUUUGUUUGUUUUUUCCUAUGGACAAUCAUGUGUGAACCCACAUCUCUCUCUUACAGAAUGUCAAUUUAUUCUCAAACAACAUGAAACAUUCGAAACGUGCCAAGAAAUUUGGGCCUGCCAAAGAACGCACAGUCACCACACAAUGCUCCUGGCACGAGUUUUAUGUCUGACACUAGGAUUCUUGCUUGAUAUGUUUUAUUUUAGGUCAUUUUUACACCUAUGCUAUUUAUGUGUUCUUUAAUAUAAUGAUGUUGCAUUGAACAUUUGGCCGCUGUCUUUAUUCUAUAUUACAGUAAAUCCAGCUUGCUAACUGGGAUGGUAAAAGGGCUUAGCAAGUGAUACUCAGUACAAAUAGUGUGUAUUGUACUGUGAUUUUAAACAGUGUUGAGGCCUUUUGGACUGAUGCUUUGGCGGGGCUGAAGCUUGUUCUGAAUGUGUUGGGUUUUAUUUUUUUCUUUAGUAGUAAGGCUAAAUUAUGUACCUUUUUGUUGUUAAGGGAUAUUGUUUUAAAAGGCAAGAAAUAAAACACAAACCAUGACU